CUAUUUACACAAUACACUUGUACACUAAUUACCUUUAAUACCCAAAUAACCUUAAGGGAUCCAUCUCCUCACACCUCGAGUGAGCAGUGCAAAGCAACCGAAGAGCAAGUGAAAGAUUGUUUUUUUAGAGCUAAACGGGUCGUUUUUUUUCGAGAAAACUGCGGAAAAAUGACAGGGGGUGAAAAUUGUGACGCAGUUGUGUAAAAAAUUAGUGCUUGCAAACACGUCGGAUGUGAUCUGGCGCAUUACUGUACGUCCCUAUGAAAGAUCAACUGCAUGUCGUUAUGAAAGAAAUGUCUUUGAUCAAAGAUAGAAAAUCUUUUUUGCAGCAUUUGGGUCGCAUUCAUCAGUUGGGGAGAGUACCGAUUGAAAUUAUGAUUUGAGGAAUUCUGGGAAAUGUGGUUUAUUCAACCGAACCAUUUCAUUGGCAAACACAGGCGUUGUUUGUCAUUAGACUACAUUCCCCAGAAGUCCACAGACUCUCCAGAUACUUUGUAAAGUCGUUGCAAGUUGUGCGUGUAUACACUCAUAUGUGAACUAUGUGGCGGAAAAUCCUAUUUUCAACUGCAGUCAAUUAUAGAGAUGUGAAUGUUUGAAAUGUUUUGGUGUGAAUUCGAGUAAUACUGUUUCUUACAUGUUUUGGGUAUUUCAUAUCCACUGGCAUUCCUGACAACUGCGUCACACGUUCACAAAUAGUCUCAUUUUAUGUCUAGUUUGCUUUUAAUAAGGUCCUGGAUUAUAUACCGGAUUAUGUUUAAACUGGAUAUCUUUCAUUAACUCUGAAUUUAAUGUUGUUUCAGGGGCUUGUCUACUCGCACAGCGCUUGUACAGAAAGGCCUGCACCGAUACGUAAUUUUCUAGAUCUGAAUAACGAGAACGUGGAAGUUUAUAAUGUGUGCAGAAUGAAUCAUAUGCGUAUGUCAUUUUCACAUUGCUAUGUCUCUGUCUUCAAUCCCUCUAUAAAUGCAUAAUACUAACCUACUUUUCAUGCGCCAGCACAUUGUUUUAUUCUUUGAGCAUUGUAAUUAGGUUUUUCCACUUCGACUAAACGGUCUAAUAAAUACCUAAUAAUUUAUUAUUCAUAUUAUUUGAAAACAAGCUUCAAAACAAGUAAAGUUAAUGAAAUAAAAGUUACAUCAAAUAUAAGCAGUAAGCAUUUACAGUAUAGAAGGGAUUACUAUAGACCACCUUUGCCAUGUUAUUCAUUUCAUUAUAACAAAUGAAAAUAAGAUCCAUGCACUUCAAAAUAGAGCUUCUUUAUGCUUUAGAAUGUGAUAUUUCUUUCCAUUGCACUGCAUGAGGACAAUUUUUAGACACUGAGGCAUAGUGGACCUUUAAAAAGAUGCCAUUAGCUUUUCACAACCCACAUCUAUUCAUAUCUGAAUAUCAUUUUUGACAUUUAGGCUAUAUGAUCUUGAAGAAUACCCUGAAUGGAAAAACUGGAUCUAAAGGCUGACUGGAGCAGAUGCUUCUUUCCCAUGUCCUCAAUAAUUUCAACGUAUACACUGUGCGAACAUAUAUACACACCACAACAAGCAACACACAGAAACCUAUGUACAGCCCAGAUGCUUGUACAUAACUGCCAGGAGUAACAGAUGUUUAUUUUUAUAUGUCCCUCACAGAUUUCCAGCUGAACUCUCAUUUGUCCACACUGGCCAGUAUCCACAAGAUCUACCACACCCUGCACAGGCUGAACCUGACAGAAGACGUCGGCCCAGAGACUCACGCCUGCUGCUCCAGAGCCAUGCCCCCCAGGAAAAAGAGGAGACCCACUGCUGGAGAUGACCUGUCUGCUAAGAAGAGCCGGCAGGAUAAUGUUUACAGAAAACAGGAGACAUUGCAAAUUCAGGAAGCUGAAGCUUUUUCUAGCAAGAGAUGUCUAGAAUGGUUCUACGAAUAUGCAGGGUGCGACGAUGUUGUUGGACCGGAGGGCAUGGAGAAAUUCUGUGAAGACAUUGGAGUGGAGCCAGAGAAUGUAGUGAUGCUGGUAUUGGCCUGGAAGCUUGAUGCCCAGAGUAUGGGUUACUUCACUUUACAGGAGUGGCUCAAGGGAAUGGGCUCAUUGCAAUGUGACUCUACUGAAAAACUCAGGAACUCUCUAGACUACCUGAGGUCUGUCCUCAAUGAUGCCACCAGUUUCAAGCUCAUUUACCGAUAUGCCUUCGACUUUGCCAGGGAGAAGGAUCAAAGGAGUUUAGACUUAAAUACUGCCAAGUGCAUGCUGGGACUUCUGCUUGGGAAGACCUGGCCAUUGUUUCCAGUGUUUAACCAGUUUCUAGAACAAUCUAAGUAUAAGGUUAUAAAUAAAGAUCAAUGGUGCAAUGUUCUAGAGUUCAGUAGGACUAUCAAUCUUGAUCUCAGUAACUAUGAUGAGGACGGGGCCUGGCCAGUGCUUUUGGACGAGUUUGUGGAGUGGUAUAAAGACCGAGAGAUGUCGUAGCGACAGCUUCCCCACGCCUACCACCAUCACCAACUAGAUAGACCAACUAAUCGCCAACAAUCACCAUGACAAUGACGACAGAAACGGCUUUGAAACAAACAUCUAGAAAACAAAGUACAAAUCAAUACUGAAGUGUUUGGGAAAGACUGAUGGUGGCCCCUGGUGCUGAGGGCUUGAGUGUGUGAGUGUUUGCAUAGAAUGUAAUUAUCAAUGCACAUGUUUGUAUGUCGCCCUUUUAGCCGGGGCCAUAGGAGGGUCACUGGUGGUUGUGUGUUGGAGAAACAGCACCUCACCGACUCCACCUAAUGUCCCCCAUAGCCCACAAUGCAUUGUGGGUAAGCACACGGCCAGUCUUGGUGCCGCCUUCCCACCCCACUGUGAUGUUUCAUAUUGCUGUGAAUGUUUCAAUAGGCUCUUAUAAGGAGGAUGAACUUGGAUUCUCCACAAUGCAGGGUAGGUAAAACUCCCAUACUGUCGGAAGUGUAGGUAAUUUAGGCCUGAAAGGAAAGGAAAGAGAAGAACCUGCUUGGCUUUUUACUGAAGGUCAGUGACUUCUUACUAAGGUUCAAAAUGGAAAUAGCUUACAGUGUCACUCUGCUGAAGUGGUCCAAACACUGUUAACUAUGGCUUUUAUGUUGGAGGAUGAUGACAGUCAGGGCAUGUUACCAUAGAUACACAGUGACCUUUGCCAUAAGUUUUAUUUUUACCAGUCUCACUGCACUUGGAUGCCAUUUAAUAAAGCGCACCACAUGCAAGAGUGUCAAAGACAUUCUGCUGUAAGUACUUCCAGUGGUGUUGUUAUAUCAGUAUCCCUUUCACCAUUUACAUUCUUGAUUUUGAUUAUGAGAUCAACAAGAACAGCUUUACUGUUCAUAACUUGAAAAACAGUGGGUUAUACUUAUCGUGAGCGUAGAGCCCAGUAUCUUUUUCCUGGCUCGCAUUACCAUUGUGUAUUCGCACUGCAAUGGCAAGAUAUGGCCAUCUUGUAGAGGAUUGUGAGCAGGUUAAAGUGACUCUGGAAUGCAUUCACUAUAUCAUUUGAUUUCUUAGCAAUGUAACUAUACUGUGCAUGUCAUGGUUAAAAUGACAGGACGUGGAUCUAAGGGAGAGAUGACGAGAGAAAGCUGUUAAAAGUGCACUUUUGAUUUCUGUGAUGAAUUGCCACAAAAAUAUUAAAAACAGGUAUCCUGCCCUAAACACUGGCACUCCUUUGGCCACAUCCUCUUCCACAGAUCUUGUGGUCAAAUGUGAUCACCUUAACCCAUAGUGACCAAUGCCUAGCAACUAUUUAACGUUCUAGUUAUGUUUGUAAAACUGUUGAGUUUUGUCUAUGGCUGUGGCGUGAAGCUAACUUGUCAUCUGAACAAGAAAAAAAAUGCAUGCAUGCAUUCUGCAAUUAGAGCCGUCUUUGUGAAUGAAUGAGAAUUUUUCUUUUUGUACUUUUUUUUUUUUUUUUUUUGGCUCUUGUUUAUUUUUUGUACAGGUAUUUGUAGAAGUGGACUUUUUUUGUGCUUAAUUUGGGUAUCCGCGGUCAUGCAGUCUUAACGCUUUAUGAAAAACAUGAUUGUGUGAUGGUAUUUAGAGCUUAAACACACUUGUAACCUCAUCUGUUGAGAUGUUCUUCUCUGCAUUGCCUUCUCCACCAUCUCCACCAAGUGCUAAACUACCAUGUACAUGAGUGACUGCAGCAUUUCAGUAUAUCUGCAAUUUCAUGUAAACAUACUAAUUUUAUGUUCAUGUCAUACAGAGGCAGACAAAAUCAUUAUUAACUUUAUUAAAGCUUAUUUAGGCUAACAAAAAAGGGUUACAAAACAUUUUUGUUCUGUUUUAGGAUUUUUUUUCUUCUACUUUUUCUGAAAAGGUUGCUCACCAUAAAUUAUUUAUCAAGUAUUCACCCAGCAUCUAAGAAGCCAACAGUCUAUGUAUGCUGUGCAUGCUGGCCAGAAUCCAUUUGAAAAAUGUCUACAGACACUUGUUCUUGAAUCCCAUUCAUCUGCACCUGUUUGUGCCUGAGGGAAAUAGUGGUUUUAAAAUUAUUUCAACAGAUAGACAAGUUCCCUGUGUUGUUAUGACUGUUGCUUUUGUUGGGGGAGUAUGUAAUGCAGAGGGCUGAGCAUUCUCAUCUGACUGUAUAUAUGUAUGGAUGUGUGUGUAUAUGUGUUUGUUUUCACUGUAACCUCUCUACAUUCAGUAUAUAUAAAGGGGUUUAUUAACGAAACGUGGAGUCAUUUCAUCUGUUUUAGAUAAAGGAAUGGAAGACUUAGACUAACAACUGUUCUGAAGUUAUGCUAAGACUUUACCCCUGUUUGCUGGAAAGCUAGUAUUCAACGAAAACAAUUAAUAUUUAACCCCUUAACUGUCACUCACAGUUUUCACGAAUGAAAACAUUUUGUAACAUGAUUUUGAUGUACCAUUUCCAUGGUAAUGCAAUGUCUGAUUUUAAAAUGUGUUUCAAAGGAUGAAUUUUGAGAUUUUAAGUUUUCAACUGAUAUAUAAUUUAUGAUUUCUAAAGUGUGAUAGAGAAAAAGGCAACUAAGAAGACUUUCUGUGACAAAGGUCAGAACUGUUAUGAUGUAGAUUUUUCAGGUGCACUCUUGUCAUAAAUUAAUCUAUUACUUUUCCUACAUAAU